CUGGUUUAACAAUGGAAUAGUCAGUACACGUUAUCAGAGAUUGUCGACGAGAUCUUUUUCCUGUAAUGAUGAGGGUUGUUGCUUUAAUCAGCGGAGGAAAGGACAGCUGUUACAACAUGAUGCAGUGCGUUCAACAAGGUCACACUAUCAUUGCACUUGCUAAUCUAAAGCCAAGAGGAGAUGCGGAUGAACUGGACAGCUACAUGUACCAGACUGUGGGUCACAAUGCGAUAGACCUGUAUGCACAAGCCAUGGACUUGCCUCUCUAUCGAGGAACAAUAGAGGGAUCUUCAGUGGAUCAAGGAAAAGUGUACACAGAAAGUCAAGGAGAUGAAGUUGAAGACCUGUAUAAACUUCUUAAGAAUAUAAAGGAGAAAAUUGAAUUUGAUGCAGUGUCAACUGGAGCUAUUUUGUCUGAUUAUCAACGAGUUAGAGUGGAACAUGUCUGCUCCAGAUUGGGAUUAUCUUCACUGGCUUAUCUUUGGCGACGAGAUCAAACAGAAUUGCUCGGUGAAAUGAUUUCCUCUGGAGUUGAAGCCAUUUUGAUAAAAGUGGCUGCAAUGGAUCUAAGUCCAAAGAGGCAUUUGGGACUGCCCAUAGCAGAUGUGUAUUCUCUAAUGUGUAACCUGAAAGACAAGUAUGGUUCAAAUGUUUGUGGAGAAGGAGGAGAAUAUGAAACCUUUACUCUGGAUUGUCCUUUGUUUAAGAAGAGAAUAGUGAUAGAAGAAAGUGAAAGUGUCAUUCAUUCAGAUGAUGCCUUUGCUCCUGUGGGCUUCCUGUGCUUCAAGAAAAUUCAUGUAGAGGAUAAAGACAUUGAUAAGGUUAAUUCGGAGUUGGGGCUAAAAAACCACAAAUGUGAGGAAUUAUUUGACAAGUUGCAAAUACUGCCAGACAACACAACAGAUAUAAAAGAAAAGGGAAUUGCGGAGAGGCCACUGAAUAUAAAAAUUCCCAAGAUUCAACCAGAGUUAGGGAAAGAACUUCGAGGUAGAAUCCUCUAUAGCAGAUGUGGUGACUACAUUUGGCUUUCUGGAAUAUAUGGCUCUUGUGAUAAUGAAGGGAAAAAGUUGGCAAUUGAAGAUGUAACAAGAAAAGUGUUCCAGAGUCUUAAAGAUACACUCACAAGUCUGAAGGCAUCAUUGUCUGAUGGAGUGAUGGUUCAUCUAUUUGUGAAGAACAUGGAUGACUUUGCCAAAGUUAAUUCUGUUUACAAAAGCUUUUUAUCAGUGAAUCCGCCUGCUAGGGCUUGUAUUCAGCUUAACUUACCAGAAGAUGUCUCCAUUCAAGUUGACUGCCUUGUAUAUGCCGCUGAGGGUGCUAGCAAUUCUAUGCGAGAAGCUAUGCAUGUUCAGAGCAUUUCUCACUGGGCACCAGCAAAUAUUGGACCUUACAGCCAGGCAACAAAGGUCAGAGAUACCAUCUUUAUCUCUGGUUCCAUUGGUUUGUGGCCGCCCACAAUGUCAAUGGUGACUGGUGGCAUCUCAAUGGAGGCACCUCUGUCCCUGCAACACGUUGACAGAAUCUUAACAGCACUGAAUGUGGCCAAAUCGCUACAAAAUGUCGUGCAUGGAUUUUGUUUUCUAACAUCAUCUGUCUUUGUGCCAGUUGCAAAGAAUGCUUGGAGCCAUGCAUUAAAAGAUAAGGUAAAAGGAACCCCAGUUUCUUUUUCUUCCUGGACUAUGAGUAGUUCCUUAAUUUGUUCUUCUGUUGCACCAGUUCAAAAAAAUGUGUGA